AUGUUCGGCUUCAAAUAUUCCAUGGUACAGCUGGUCGUGCUGUUGACAUGGUUCUUGCAAUAUUACACCUUCGGCUUUAUAAUUUUAUGGUAUAUUGUUGCCUGUGGAUUAUCCCUGGCUGUUGUUCUUACGAUCACCACAUUUGACCAUGACUACUGGCAGUUGAGAGGAGUGUUUUCACCACCUGCAUGGCCUAUUGUAGGUCAUAUAUUAUCUGUGGUGAUGUUUAAAGAGCAAGGAGGCAUGUGUUUCAAGAGGAUCUAUGAUACACACAAGAAUUUGAAGUUUUUAGGUACUCAUCAGUUUUACCAACGUACUCUAGUAGUGAGAGACCCAGAGCUCAUCCGAAGAGUUUGUGUGAACGACUUUCAGCACUUCACAGAUAGAGGAUUCUUCUUUAACAAAGAUGUGGAUCCAUUAGCUGGUUCCGUAUUGUUCCUCAGAGGAAAUGAGUGGAAGAAACUUCGGGCGAAAAUAUCACCAAUUUUCUCACCAAAUAAACUGCGGGCUAUGUACCCACUAAUUGCAACCACAGCAGACGAAUUCGUAACACGAGUCAAAACCAUAUUGUCACAGCCUAAAUCAGCGACAAACCACGGCGCCACAGAACCACCAGUUUGUAAAUCGAAUGAUGUUGAAGUGAACUCUUCUGUGGUCAACUCGGAGAAACUGGUUGGGGGUUAUACUGCUGACGCUAUUGUACCCUGUGCCUUUGGACUAAAGAGUAAUGUUAUGUACAAUGAGGAAGAUCCAUUUGCUGUGGCGCUGCAUGCCUUCUAUGAGAUGACAUUGUUCAAUAUUUUCGAGAAGACGAUGCGUCAAUUCUGGCCAGCGUUUGUCUUGUUCUUCAGAAUGAGAAUCAUACCAAAGAAAACUCACGAUUUCUUCUACAACAUUGUGACCAGUGUCCUAAGGGCCAGAGAGAAGGGCGUUCAAGAGAAGCGUGGUGACUUCAUAGAUAUGAUGAUGGUGCUGAGGAAUGACGACACGAAUAAUAACAGCAAGAAAGAUUUAGAGGACGUUGAAAUCACUGACAUGGUAAUCUCAGCGAACGCUUUCAUCAUCUUCUUGGGCGGCUUCGAAACCACAUCAUCGACGCUUGCUUUUCUCUUCCUGGAGCUCGCGGCUCAUCAGCAAGUUCAAGAGAAGAUGAGGAGCGAGAUCCAUGAAGUCUUGGAGAAACACGAUGGCAAGAUCACUUAUGAGGUGCUUCAGGAACUUGUGUACAUGGAAAUGGUCAUACAAGAAACCCUUCGCCUGUAUCCACCGUUUCCAAGUAUCCAGAGAUUGUGCACCAAAGACUAUACGAUUCCUGGCACCAAAGUCGUGGUGGAGAAAGGCACUAUAGUGCUCUUCCCAACGUUGGGCAUACAGAGAGAUGAACAGUACUUCGAACACGCCUCUGCCUUCAUUCCAGAGCGAUGGUCCGAAGGAAGACCGCAGCCUCCUCCAGGAGUCUACAUGCCGUUUGGUGAUGGACCACGGUAUUGUAUAGGCAAGCGAUUCGCAAUGAUACAAAUGAAAUGCUGUCUAGUAACACUUCUGCAACAUAUUCGCCUCAGCCCUGCGCCACAAGCCAACAAGCUCGGCGAGCCGCUCGUCCAACCGCGUACCGAGCCCUUCACAGCGGAUCCACGAUCACCUCUCACGUUACACCCCGCUGACUCGCUGGUCACACUCAGUUUGUUAUGA